UUUAAACUGGUUUUUAUCUUCGUCAAGUUGCAGGACGUGGACAAGGCUAUAUUCUCGGAAGCGAACCUUGUAGUAUCUCCGAGGUUGAUUGGUGUUGACUCGGUGACGGUAAGCAUCUGCAAGGUGGUCAAGAUGGCACUCGACUAUGUUAAUCGCCAUAUUCACCUGAGCUUUGAUGUUGCCGCGCUCGGCCCAACUGCUGCACCUAACGCGGACACACGUUGUCUUAUGCAGAUCGUUUAUCCCGUUCCAUUGGGACUUGAAAUUACAAAGACUUCGGUCUGUUGUAAGAAUGUCCACGACGGGUAGACGAUGUCUUCCCACGUCGAUCUAUUCCAAGUGAAAUAGAAUGUGAAGUUAAUAAUCAGCACUCACCAAAAUCCCGCAGGUGCGUGGUGGCCUUACAGGACAUCUGUGAGGCGAUCCAUGAGACUGGCGUAUUUGACUUAACGAUAACUUGUGGAUGUGGUGAGCAUACGCGAGACUGUAACACGAGGUGCUCACUGAAGGACCCAUUAUUUCGUGAGAGGAGAGAGUGGUUGCAUGAGUUUCUAAGGUGUGGAAUUCGCAUUCAAUGUC